AUUAGGCGCUACUUGAGUUAAAAAGCUCAAUUGCAGUACGUUUGCCAAAAGGACAGGUAAAAACAAAAAAUGGUUCAAGAAAAUAUGAAAACACAGCUCUCAGCUACUGAAUUCUAUUAACAUCCAAAUAUCUGACAAAUUCUCAGCUCCCUCUCUCCAAGUCAUAAUGUUUUCUUCAACAACUAUCCUCUCUGCAUUCAGUUUCAAUCACAUGCACUCCUAUCUGAAGCUCAAUAUUGAAUUUUGAAAUCUUUUCCAUAAACUCAAGGUUUUAUUCAUUCAUAUCUGAAGCUUAAAGAUUGAAUCUUUAAACCAUUAACAUGGGUACUAACAAGCAAAGAUGGAAAAUCUCUUUCCACAGAUCUCCAUCAAAACACCCUCCUAUUCCAAUAGAAUUCAUCUGUCCUAUUUCUAAUUCUCUCAUGGCUGACCCUGUAAUAGUUUCUUCAGGCCAUACAUUUGAACGCCACUGUGUUCAUGCCUGUAAAUCACUAUCUUUUACACCUAUUCUUCCUGAUAAUUCCAUCCCUGAUUUCUCCACAAUCAUCCCUAACUUAGCUCUCAAAUCCACAAUCCUCAAUUUUUGCCGUUCUUCUCUUCUUGACCCUCCAAAACCCCUCAAUUUCCUCACAGCUGAAAAUCUUGUUUUUACAUUAAUGGCCACCCAAAAAGCCCAAAACCACACUAAAGAUAAAUCAAGAUUCAGUAGUAUGACUGAGCUAAAUCGGGUACCUAGUCACAUAUCAACGAGUUCAGAGGAAUCUGUGACACCAACAAGUGGACCCCUCACUUGUUACUCUUCAUCAUCUGACGUGGAUACCAUGAACUCAAAUUCCAUUGAAGAAGAUGAACUUGUUGUAAAACUGAAGAGUUCACAUAUCUCUGAACAAGAAGAAGGUGUUAUCUCGUUUAGGAAAUUGACCCGAACCCGAGAAGAAACCCGUUUCAGUUUAUGUACUCCUCGUAUACUGUCAGCUCUACGUGUACUUAUAACCUCAAGGUAUGCUUCUGUACAAGUUAAUUCAGUAGCGGCAUUGGUGAAUUUAUCAUUAGAGAAUCGAAACAAGGUGAAAAUUGUACGUUCUGGGAUUGUUCCACCUUUGAUUGAUGUGCUAAAAAGUGGAUUUCAAGAAUCACAAGAACAUGUUGCUGGUGCACUUUUCAGUUUAGCUUUAGAUGAUCAGAACAAAACUGCAAUUGGGGUUUUGGGUGCAUUGCCUCCACUUUUACAUGCUGUUCGAUCCGAAUCCGAACGUACUAGGCAUGAUUCGGCUUUGGCUUUGUAUCAUCUUUCUUUGGUUCAGAGUAACAGGGCUAAGUUAGUGAAACUCGGGGCGGUUCAGGUGUUAUUGGGCAUGGUUAAAACGGGUCAUAUGACGGGUCGGAUCCUGUUGAUACUUUGUAACCUGGCAGCGAGCUCGGAAGGGAGAGCAGCAAUGCUUGAUGGGGGUGGGGUGCAGUGUUUUGUUAGUAUGUUGAGAAAGGGAGAGUUUGAUUCGGAGUCGACUCGUGAGAAUUGUCUUGCUGCAUUGUAUGGACUUAGUCAUGGUGGACUUAGGUUUAAAGGGUUGGCUAAAGAGGCUGCUGCUGAGGAGUUGUUGAUACAUGUUGAGGAAACGGGAAAUGAGCGGGCCAAGGAUAAGGCCAGAAAGAUAUUGGAGGUUUUGAGGCAGAAGGAUGAAGAGGAGGAGGAAGUUGAUUGGGAGAAGUUGCUUGAUUCCGAUGAUGAUAUGAGUCAAACACGGAUAAGUUCUUCAUAGCUCUUGUUUGUUUUUGUUUCUUCAUUGUAUGCUGUUUCUUUAUUUUUCUGAGAAAUGGCUUGUAAUUAGGCACUAUGCUCUCUUCUCAUAGCUGCUGAUAGCAUGAUUUGGGUUUGGAUUUUGGUUCUGCUCGUUGUGUCUUCUGAGAUCAUGUGACAGUUGACAGGGUAAAUAAUGUUGAAAAUGUAAAAAAAAGAUUCUGAACGGUGUGUUUUUGUAUUUGGAAAAAGAGGUUGUCUUUGACAUGAACUCAUUGAGGUUGUCUACAUGAACUCAUUGAGGUUGUCUUUAACAUGAACUCAUUGUCUCCUAAUACUCUUCCAGUAAUGCUAUCUUCAAUUUCUUGUG